GAGCCGAUUUCAUUGAUUUUUGUGUAAAGUUGAAUGAAUUUUGGUUCAGCUCCAGAGUUUCAUUUCCGACUCUUAGGAGACUUUGACAGGUCUUCACAUAAGUCCGAUAACACACUACUGAAUGAAAUAAGCACUAAAAUAAACUCUCGUCCAGAGGAGCGUUUUGAAAAUACAGGUUCUCUUGAACAAACCAGUUGGAGCUGUACCCUACGUUGGUCCAAUUUGGGUCCUUUCAAAGGAGUAGGAAGAAACAAGAAGGAAGCAAAGGCGGAGGCUUGUAGACUGGCUAUGGACGCUAUAGAGGAAAGGCGUCGAUAUUAUUUGGACUUGGUCCAGUCAGGAAUAAAACAAGUAUCCCAGACUGACUCUCGAAUGCCACCCUUUUCAAGUAAAGUGCCAGAUACCAUCUUACAAUACUUGAAUGAAACAAAAGCAUUGGAGCGAGUUUCAAAACGGGACGCAACCGAAAAGCAACCUGGGAACGCUGGUGGAGUUGCGGAAGUCAGUUUUGAAAGUGAUUUGUCGGCCUUUGUUGUGGAGAAGCCUUCAUACAUUUUCAUGAUCGACCUCGACAACUCCACUCAUCUGUUAAAUUGCUUGAUUCAGGACUGCAAGAAAUACCGAUUAAGAGGUGUUUUACUUGAAGGCUAUGCUGGUCGAGUAUAUGAAAACCCGAAUAUUCCGGUUAUAAUGAAAAUUAUCAAGACGCAGUCGAGUGUCAAGAAUGCCGCAGAUUUUCUAAUGGCCUAUCGUGCAGGGAUACGUGCUUGUGAAUAUAAAGACAAAACAGAAAAGCCAACGAUUGUCAUUAUAAGUAAGGACUUUGGGCUUGAAGCUAUCGUUGUUAUGUUAAAGAAAGAAUUAUUUGCAGCGUAUUAUUGUUGUUCGUCAGGUGAGAUUCGAAAACUCUUUGAAAAUUGGCAACCACAAAGCAGUGAAGAGGAACAAGCACUCGAACAAACUCGCGACUGAAUUGGAGUCACAAUCUAUCCGUGCGACACA